AUGACAGACGACGACCGCAAACAUAUAUGUAUCAAAAUAUUAUUUCUUAUAUUUCUCUUAUCAUGUUACCAGGAAGUCCAAAGUGUCGAUAUUCCUUUGGAAGGUAACACCAACACUCCACAGCAUUUGAUGCCCUACGAUUAUGCAUACCGUAAUCAGAAAUCUCUUUUGGGCAAAAUGACAGAAAUUUUUUGUAAAGAUGCAUAUUCAAAGCUGGUUAUCGCAGAAAAUAUACAAGGCACAUAUAUGGGGUCCUUGGAAUAUGAAAUGGGUAUAGUAUCGGGUAAUGUGAUUGACAAAUUCACCCAUAUGAUGGAUAUCUACAAACACUAUUCAACCCCCGAAAUAUUUCAAAAUCCUAAAACUGAUGUGCAUGUCCUAAUGAACGCUUAUGCUGCUAUACGGAGUUACUACAACCAGCUGAUAAUAGACCGCAACUUGUUCGUGAAGUUUGAAAAUAAACAUGAUGAAAAGAAUGAAAAAGAAGACGAUUACUGGGAAAGAAUGGCUGAAAAAUAUAAUGUACCUGUUGAGCAACUGAAAGACGCGAGAGACAAAGGUUUACUCAAACCAGAGGACUUUCCCGGUGAAGAGGGGCCACCAAAACGAAGAAGUAUGAAAAUUAAAACGACAGAAAAACCAAAAAGCAACGUUAAGGUAACAGUAAAAAAAGAAACAAUCAGAAAGAGGAAUAGAAACAUCAAGUGGGGUCGUCAACCUAACAAUACCGAAGAAGCGCAAUAUAAGAAAGAACUGAGGUACAAGAGUUGGGCACAAAAAUGGCGUGGUUUCAACCCAGAUAUCGAAGGAAUACAUAUUCCUAAGCACAUAGCAAAUAUUGGUUUGAAAAACUUCAGUAACUUUCUACCGAGUGAAAUCCAAGGAGGCAUUUAA